AAACAGUAGGACUGUGCUGUGCUCUCUCGCUCUCUCGAUCGCUGCCGAGAAACGAGAGAGCUGACACUGUACUGCCACGAUGCAGUAUACACAAAUUUGAAUCAGAUCAUCGAGUCUAACGCAUUUCAACCUCCGUCUCCGUCUUUCUCAGAUCCGAUCACCCGCCGGAUUUCGCAAUGCCGUCUUCCUCCGCCGUACUCCUUCUUCUCGUUCCCCUUCUCGCAACUGCUCUCGCCUCCGAUUCAGAUCACAAGUAUCAAGCGGAUGAGCAGGUUACCCUGUGGGUGAACAAAGUCGGCCCAUAUAACAACCCACAAGAAACAUACAACUACUACAGCCUCCCGUUCUGCCGCCCCUCUCAAAACGAUGUUCACAAAUGGGGUGGUCUCGGUGAAGUUCUCGGCGGAAAUGAGCUGAUUGACAGCGAGAUACCGAUAAAGUUCCUGAAAAAUGUUGACAGAAAUGUUAUCUGUCACCUUGAACUCGAUGAAGCUAAGGUCAAUCACUUCAAAGACGCCAUCGAAUCUAGCUACUGGUUUGAGUUCUUUAUGGAUGACCUGCCUUUGUGGGGCUUCGUGGGUGAGCUGCCUCUUGACAAAAAUAGUGGAAACGGCAAACAUGUACUCUACACACAUAAGAGCAUUAUUGUCAAAUACAACAAAGACCAGAUAAUUCAUGUUAAUCUCACUCAAGAUAACCCAAGGCCACUGGAAGCAGGGAGGACAGUGGAUCUGACGUAUUCUGUGCAAUGGAUUCCAACUGAUGUCACAUUUGCCCGACGUUUUGAUGUAUAUCUGGAUUAUCCGUUCUUUGAGCACCAGAUCCAUUGGUUCUCCAUCUUUAACUCGUUCAUGAUGGUUAUUUUUCUCACCGGUUUGGUCUCAAUGAUAUUGAUGAGGACCCUCAGAAAUGAUUAUGCGAAGUAUGCUCGUGAAGAUGAUGAUCUCGAGAGCUUGGAACGGGAUGUAAAUGAAGAAUCCGGUUGGAAACUUGUGCAUGGAGAUGUAUUCAGACCACCAUGGAGUCUAGUUCUUCUCUCAGCUGUUGUUGGCACAGGUGCACAGUUGGCGCUGCUUGUUCUUCUUGUCAUAUUAAUGGCCAUCGUUGGGACUCUAUAUGUUGGGAGAGGAGCUAUCGUUACAACUUUCAUAGUUUGCUAUGCUCUGACUUCCUUUGUCUCUGGUUAUGUGAGUGGUGGAAUGUACUCAAGAAGCGGGGGUAAACAUUGGAUCAAGUGCAUGGUCCUCACGGCUUCUCUCUUCCCCUUUUUGUGCUUUGGAAUCGGCUUUCUUCUAAACACAAUUGCCAUAUUCUAUGGAUCCCUUGCGGCUAUUCCUUUCGGAACAAUGGUGGUUAUGUUCGUCAUUUGGGGCUUCAUUUCCUUUCCCUUAGCUCUCCUCGGGACAGUCGUUGGAAGAAACUGGAGUGGUGUCCCAAACAAUCCAUGCCGUGUAAAGACCAUUCCACGCCCAAUCCCUGAGAAAAAAUGGUACUUAACUCCAUCGGUUGUCUCUCUGAUGGGAGGUUUGCUACCAUUUGGAAGCAUCUUCAUCGAGAUGUACUUUGUCUUCACAUCCUUCUGGAAUUACAAGGUGUACUAUGUGUAUGGAUUCAUGCUACUGGUUUUCGUGAUUCUAGUGAUAGUGACGGUCUGUGUCACAAUUGUGGGAACUUAUUUCCUGCUGAACGCAGAGAACUAUCACUGGCAAUGGACUUCUUUUUUCUCUGCUGCUUCAACGGCUGUCUAUGUCUACUUAUACUCCAUCUAUUACUACUACGUAAAGACCAAGAUGUCUGGAUUCUUCCAGACAAGCUUCUACUUUGGAUACACAAUGAUGUUCUGUCUUGGCCUUGGAAUCCUUUGCGGAGCUGUUGGAUUCUUAGGAUCAAAUCUCUUUGUAAGGAGGAUAUACAGAAACAUCAAAUGCGACUAGACGAAUGAUCGAAAAAGAGGAAAGCACAUCCAGUUCAGAAGAAAGCCUCUGAUGGGGGGUUAUAUAUUAUAUAAACGCAGUGGAGAGCGAUGAAGUUUGAGCAUAUAUAUAUUAUUCAAUCUGGGAUUUUUGCCCUUUUAUUGUCUCCCUUUUUGGUAAGUGCACUGUUCUCUUUAGAUUAGAAUUGAGUGGAUGUAAUAUACUAUUACUACCUGUGUUUAGUUCACUUCACGUCAGUUAGAUCAUUGAAUGUCAUUUAGGAACAAUUGGAUAUAACCAAGUUUUUGUUUGUAAUUGAUAGCUUGCUACCUUUUUAUUCUA